AUGAGCCACAAUCUCUGGCGUUGCUUGCUCGAAGACGAUGUCGAUACUUUUCGGCAAUACCUGGCGAACGCCACCUUCGCCUCCGGACCCCCGAGAGCUUCGGGCGCUGGACAAGGAGGAGGUAAUACACUGAGGAUUGGCAGCCCGGGAAAUUUGGCUGUUUCCCCCAAGACACCGCUGAAAUCGCGCAAGAGUGUGGGAAAUGGUCCUGGCAGCAGCUCAUCGAGCAAGGGUACGAGCUUGAGGCUUACUCGUACCGAGGUGAACACAAAAGACACCUUUGGGAGAACAAUAUUGCAUCAUGCUGCUUCGUCAAGGUCGGAAGACGCCCUGGCAUUUGUCAAGGCUCUAUUGGAAAUGCCCGUCUUGGAUCUCUAUGCCCAGGAUACCGAGAGUGGAUGGACUCCCCUUCAUCGGGCGCUGUACUCUGGCAACAUUUCCAUUGCCCAUGCUCUUCUGGCCCGGGACAUCCAGGAUGCAACGGAUUACACUACCAACACUCAGCGUACCCAUGCUGGUGGCUUGGUCAAGAUCAAGGAUCGCGAAGGGAAUAGUCCCUUUGAAGUGUUCGGUCUGACCAUAGCGCCUCGCACUAUCCAGCAGGACCCUUUGACGUUGCCCUCUGGUCUUAAUGAUGACGACAGCAUCAAUGGGGUCGACUACAAUGAGGACGGUCAAGGAGAUGAAAGGGUGAAAAGGUACGUCGCUCCUGUCGUCGAUCUUGUCGGCGAUGAAGUGUACGCAUUUGGCAGCAACAAGAACCUGUCCCUCGGAGUGGGAGAUGGGGAUGACAGGCAUUUCCCAGAGCGUCUGCAACUCGCUCGGCCCGAUCAUUUGCUACGACGUCUUCUGGAUGACCAUCUAGCAGCGAGACAAAGGUCAUUCGGCAACGAGGACAUGACCUCCAGCGCUUUUGACAUUCGGCCACAGAGCGAUAUUCCAGCCAUCAUCCGCUAUCGCCCCAUUACAAUCCAAAAUGUGGUCAUGUCAAAGCUUCAUACCGCCGUCUUGACCGACGAUCCCAUCUCCAAUCUCUACAUGUGUGGUUUCGGCCGCGGUGGUCGGCUGGGUACUGGCGAUGAGAACACUGCUUUCACGUACCAGUGCAUUCAGACCGGCGGCCUGGCCAAGCGCCGCAUCUCUGCAAUAGCCCUUGGUCAAGAUCACACCGUGGCGGUGUGCUCCCAGGGUGAAGUGUACACAUGGGGAAGCAACCGCUAUGGUCAACUGGGUUAUUCGCUGCCCGAGGUUCCCCAGAAUGAGACUCCGAUGCAGUUGAUACCACGUCAGCUGUAUGGGUACAUCAAGAAGGAGCUCAUCAUCGGUGCCGCAGCCUCGGCCAUUCACUCGGCCAUUUACACCUCGACCGCCCUAUACACCUUUGGCAAGAAUGAAGGCCAGCUUGGGUUGAUGGAUGCAGACGCACGCUCCCUAGAGAUACAGGUACUACCACGUCGGGUAGGCGUGUCAGUACUGCAAUCACCCAUACAGUCGGUCAGCGCAAUCGACCGUGCCACGACUGUCUUGUUGGAGAAUCACGAUGUCAUUGUCUUCACCCAUUAUGGAUGGACCAAAGUCUUGUUUCCACUCGAGUCUCUCACCAGCUACUACGUCUCUAACACGCUAGCGGCUGGCAAUUUGGAGGCCAACUAUAUCAAACAAAUUACGAGCGGUGGAAACACGAUAUGUGCCAUGUCUUCGUAUGGUGAGGUUUUCUCCAUCGAGGUGCCCAAGGCCGAGAACGUGCCGUCAAACAUGUCAACCACCAACCCUACCAAGGCCCGCAACGCCCUGCCUCUGCCCUUACGCCUGUGGUCGAUCCGCAAGAAACACAUGUCCGCUGUCGACAUGGCUGCCGAUCAGCAUGGGUCGAUCAUCCUGUGCACGGCUUCAGGGUCAGUCUGGCGCCGGGAAAAGCGCGCCAACAUCAAAAGCGUGAGAGACAUGAAGAAAGGUUCAGCACGACCGAAGGACUACAAAUUUGUCCGCAUUCCUAACUUGACUGGGGCCAUUGCUGUCCGAAGUAAUGCCUACGGAGCGUUCACUGCCGUGCGAAAGGAUUGCACAGUGACACGAGAUCAGAUCAUCCCUGAUCCACCGUCUCUUUGGAGAGAUUUGCGCUCGCUGCUUCCCUUUGCAGCUUAUGGGCAAGACCAGACGGAAACAACACCGGAGAUAGACCCAGCUCGCAUUUCCCGGGCCAUCAUUUGCACACCAUCCGCCGAGCAGGAUCUUCUGAGGCUGUGCAAGAAACAUGAACCUCUUGCAGAAAGUCAGUACGAUAUUUGGAUUACGUCCAACCUCACCGAUGUUCGAAUUCCGGUCCAUUCUUUCAUGCUCAAAGCCAGAAGCCGUGUGAUGCGGAGCGCAUUGGCUGAAUUCCAAGAAACGUAUUACUUCUCAAUUGCGGAUGUUUUAUCCAUUGAGUACGGGCCGGAUGGUCAGAUACAACUGCGGUUCCAAGGUGCCGACUUCUUGACCCUGGUCAACAUAGUUUUCUAUCUAUACACGGAAAAUUUGGUCGACGUCUGGCACUACACAACCCAAGCGUUGCAUCUCGCCGCCCGCUACCGGUCUGUGCGCAUCGAGCUCAUGAAGAUCGCUACUCAUCUCGAACUGCGACAAUUGGAGCGCGCUGUGAGGACGAUGGUCGACCCGGCUCUAAGUCUAAGCAUUGACAUGGAACUUGCCAUACUAGACCCCAAUUUCUUUUCGGAUGCCGACGUCCUGGUUGAACUUGCAGAUGGCGCCGAGCUGCCCGCACACAGUGUGCUGCUCUGCAUACGUUGCCCGUUCUUUGACGGAUUGUUCAACGGCAGGGCAGGCGGGAUGUGGAUGUCCUCAAGACGCAAUGUUGCCGACGAUGAGUCUGAGGCUGUGCGGGUGGAUAUCAAACAUAUCGACGAAAGAAUUUUCGGAUUGGUAUUACGACACCUUUACGCCGAUACUGGGGAAGAGCUCUUUGAUGACCUCGUCACCAAGAGCCUAGACGAGUUUAUUGAUAUUGUCAUCGAGUUGAUGGCCGCUGCGAACGAACUAAUGCUGGACCGUCUCGCACAGAUCUGCCAGCAGACCCUUGGCAGAUAUGUGAACGUGAGGAACGUCUGUUCACUUCUCAACACUGUGGCCGAAUGUUCAGUGGACAGUUUCAAACGGGCUGCGCUGGAAUAUAUUUGUCUCAACCUCGAGAGCAUGCUGGAGAUGAGACUGCUUGACGAACUCGAUGUCGACCUGUUUGCUGAACUUGAUGAGGUUGUGCAAGCGAAUCAGUUGGCCUACCUUCCAUUCGCACGUAGCGACCGAUCGGAGGCUGAACUGAUCGAGAAGAAUCCAGACCUUCUCGACCAAAUCGAGGCAGGCAAACAAAGACGAAUAGACUCUAUGAGGUUGAGGUCGAGGCUGGUGGAAGAUGAGGAGCGGUAUGCUGCUGCGAUCAAGUUCCGUGUCGGCAGCUUGGACCGGCAAGCAUCAUCGCCAAUCUCCAAGAGCCAUGUGUCCACGACAGUCCCUGACUCACCAACCAGUAGUCCAAGUCCCAGUCCGGAAAUCGUGGCCCAGGACGCCGGAGAAGACCUACCGUUCGAUAUGGAUGAUGAACAUGCUGACCUACUACCGAGCCCUGCCGUGGAUGCAACACGGCAUCCGUACACCUCGUCAGGUUCGUUUCGAGACAAAGAUACAUCUUCGACAACGCCUCGGCCGUUCCACGCUGGACAAGAGGAGCUUGCUCUAUCGCCAGCAUCUCCUACUGGGAAACCCGGAAUCUCCAGUCCACAAAUGGGAUCCAGCGUUGGGUUUGAGCGAAGGGCAGUCUGGCAAAUACCGACAUCAAGCGCCAGCAAAACCGACUUGAAGGGUAUAAUGGCACAAGCCUCGGUGUCCCGAGUAUCCCACUUGACGGAAGCCAUGAAUCUAGCAUCUACCCCACCCAAAGCCACAAGCAGGUUAUCGCAGAAAGAGAGGAAGCGACAACAGCAACUACUGAAGCAGCAAGAGGCCAAAAGUGCCGAGUCGGUUGGUGCAUCUACAAAAGUUGGAAGCAAGACACCUUCCUCCCCAUGGCAGACUGUCCCCAAGUCGCCUGGGCCCGAUCCAUUGCCUCCGAAAGCGAUGCAGACCCCUAGCCCGGCGGCCGGCACCAAAGAGGAGGGCCGUAAGCAGCCUCUGACAAUGCGCCAGACAGUGGCUCGGGCAGUCUCGAGUCCCAGCCCUGGACCACCGAGCACUAGUCAAGGAGGUGUUCCUACCGGGAUUACACCUUCGAAGGCGCCAGCGCCGCAAAUCCAAUCGAUCCGCCAUACCCCAUUGCCGUCGCGAAAUGCACUGGCGCUGGACGCGCGCACCUCGAUGGCGGAGAUUCUAGCACAGCAGCAGACGGAAAAGAUCGCGGUCAAGGAGGCCGCGGCCAAGAGAUCGCUGCAAGAGAUCCAGCAAGAACAGGAAUUCCAGGAGUGGUGGGACAACGAAAGCAAGCGGAUACAGGAAGAAGAAGCCCAGGUCACCGCAGCCGCGACAACAGCGACAGCAACAGCCACUGGGAGGCGUGGCAAGGGAGGUGGCGGUCGUGGCCGAGGCGGACCUCAUCGAGGCACUGUUAGUGGUAGAGGGAAAGCUAUGACUACGACAGGGCCAGAGAGCACAGGAUCAGAAAGGCUGACGACGGCGGCGGCGGCGGUCUCUCCGUUGGAUUCGGGACGGAGAGCUGCCAGUGGUGGCAGUGGUCAGCCUGGGCGAGGCAGUGAGAGUCGAGGCCGGGGCCGUGGGAACCACACGCCUCAGCGAGGAUCGAAGCAUCAUUAG